AACCACUCAGGAACGCUAGCGAAGAAUACAUACGUGAAACAAUCGAGGCAAUUUCGCACCAAGAGAUCCAGGAAUUCCGUAACCAAUUGCUUCCAAUUGAGAUCACCUAGAAAAAGUGUAAAGUUUGAUAUCCCAAGGGAUGUGGUGUUAACAAGAUGAAGUUGGGAAAAAUGUAUGAUGAAGUUAACUAAAUUAUACUUGAAGAAGAAUUGAAAAUCGAUUAUUGAUUUAUUGAUUAGUGUUUGGAUUCAGUUGUAGAUCACAAUAGUUGAGUGAAUUGCAUUAUUUCCUCCCCCACACAGGAUUUGCUAUGGGGUGGUGAUAGUAUGCAAUGAGCAAUUGCCUCGACCGGUGGUGGUCAUCAGAAGUGAAGCAUUGUUUUAUUACUAAAUUGUCACCGGUGAUAAUCGUGAGCUGAUAACGAUGAACGUAGGACAACAUAGUGGCCCUGGGCCGCCACUUUCGCGCACUGGGUGCUCGGAUCGCUCGGUUACUGGACCUUCAUGUCGGGCACUGCGUACUGCCGUGUCUGCACUUUACUGCUUGGAUGAUUUUAUACGGGAGAAAAUCGGAGCUGGAUUCUUCUCGGAGGUUUAUAAGGUUACACAUCGGACGACUGGAGACGUUAUGGUGCUAAAAAUGAAUCAGCGCCGGGCGAACCGGCCCAACAUGCUGCGAGAAGUACAAUUGCUAAAUAAGCUGUCUCAUCCGAACAUCCUAAGGUUUAUGGGCGUAUGUGUUCAAGAAGGUCAGCUGCACGCCCUCACCGAGUACAUCGAAGAUGGUUCACUGGAGCAGCUGAUCGCAAACAGCGCCAUUUAUUUGUCACCGCUGUUGAAAAUACGGAUCGCACUCGGGAUCGCCCGAGGGAUGCAGUACGUGCACGAUGUUGGCAUAUUUCAUCGUGAUCUUACAAGCAAGAAUGUGCUUGUAAAGCGAACUGUGGAUGGCAUGUACGAUGCGGUGGUCGGAGAUUUUGGAUUGGCAGCCAACAUCCCGCGAAAAUGUGGUAAACCACGACUGGACACGGUAGGGUCACCCUACUGGAUGAGCCCCGAGUGCUUAAAAGGGCAAUGGUACGAUCAAACCAGUGACGUGUUUUCCUACGGGAUCAUCCUCUGCGAGCUAAUUGCGCGGAUUGAGGCUGAUCCCGACAUUAUGCCAAGGACUGAUUCAUUUGGACUAGAUUACAUUGUAUUUGCUGAUCUCUGUCCGAAUGAUACGCCACCGGCGUUUUUAAGACUGGCUUUUUAUUGUUGUACCUAUGAUCCAAAGAGUCGCCCCACGUUUACCGAGUGCGUCAAAAAGUGCACGUUGUUGUCAGACGUGUGUGAAGACAGUUAUAAUCAACAGCAGCAUAGGCAUAGUAUAAGCAAUGGCACUAACUCUAACACCGUCCUAUCCUCGUCAUCACCCGCUAACGGCAAUGGUCAACCCACACUAGUGACCUCUUCCCCUGUACAUAUUAGUAGCAACAGUAGUAAUGCGAAUGGUACCAGUUGUAACAGUAGCAUUAGCGGUACCUCGACGGCACCGAUUGUAAAAAGUGUAAUUGGAAAGCGAAAUUCAAUAGAUGUAACCAACAUCAGUCCUACGAGUGAAGCAGCUCAACUGGGCAAGGAAAAUCUUAGCCGUGAAAAUAGCUUAAAUGGAGACCGCGACGGGGAUAACCCUCUUCACCAUCGGAGAUCCUUAUCCGAAAACGUUAUCGUGUUUCCACCUCAUACUACGCCUAGCGAUAAGGCGCGCUACCACAUGUAUCAACGAGCAAGUAGUAAAUUGGCUGAAUCCGUCAUUCCUGAGUCGCCUACGUAUUCGAAUCAAACGCUGCGGAAAGUGGCAGAGACGAUGCUGCUGAAAGAUCCACAGUACAAGCUUCGAGCUAAAACAGACCAAGGUGGAAUUCCCAAAGCGAAUCCAUUCAGUGCGCUGUCGCAGCUAAAGGGCGUUAAGAAGAUUCUUGGGCCUAAUCCGGCGGUCACGACAUACAGUUCGGGAGAUUUAUUCAGUUCCUGUUUCGAAAUUUCUGCACCCUUAUUGCGGGAAUGGAACAUAGUACAAAAUCGGAACGCAAAAAAUCGUGAUGGUUUGAGCAGCGGAGGUAGCAGCAUCGAGGGCCAGCCAAAAAGCUUACCAAGCUCACCGACAUCGCCGCGCAAAGAAUACUGCGAUGAAGAGGAAGAGGACAGCGUAACGAUGAAAGCUAAAGGACCGUGUAAAUCCAAACCAACUGACCAAAACGAAAACUGUUCAACGGAUGAAAUGGUCAACCAACCAAGUUGCACGUUCUCUCGUAAAGUGUCCCUCGGAGGUGGUUCCGGAGUCAAGAAAUAUCGCGCUAAUUUCACCGAACUCUCUAGUCAUCCGCUUUAUAAAAGUGGAGCGAUUGAGACUGAAUCGAAUAGUCUGGGCGAAUGUGUUGUAAAUGGCGGAAGCUCUGCUGGCAACAACACAGACAGUGGCACCGAGGAAGGUGGAAACGAUUUGAUACCAUCGUUGAUAAACAGUGGCACAGGAAGUAUUAAAAAAUCGUCGUCUAGCGUGAUUGGGGAUGGUAUUUUAGAAACUCCUAGAAUAUUGACAAGGAGAGGUUCGACUGAAAGUGGGUUCUUUUCUUGUUUGAACGAGGACUUCAGCACGUACAAAUCAUCCCAGUGUUGUUGCUUGGAAAAAGUAAAUUUUGAAUCGGCAGAUCGAUUAUCCGUUUGUAGAUGCGUUUACGGAGGUGUAAAUAACAUUGCUGGCAAACUGGAUGAUUUGGAGGUAGCCUCCAACCAAACCUUGAACGAUAGCUCAAGUAUUCUACUAUAUGACGAGUCAUCGACGAAUGUUAGCUCUUUGAGAAGUAUGGAUGAUCUUGAGCUAUCGGACUCAAUCAGGAAAAAGUUCAAUUACCGACACCAAGUGCUGAGUAACGUGGACAUCGAUGCACGAUCAAUCGAUAUGGGGCUAAUCAAUAGGCUUGCAUUGGACUCGGAAAUCAAUAAUAUGAUUCAAAAGAAUCAAUUUGCCAAUCAGCUGUUGUACUGUAAAAAUAGAUCAUCGUCAAUUUUCACUGAUAGUUCAGAUGAUAUUAGUUCGCUGGCCGGUUCGGAUUCGUUACUCUGGGAUGAUCGGUCGUUUACAACGAUACCGAAUGCACGGUCGGCACAAAUUGCCAAAAUAGUUGAGUAUUUCGAACGCAAAGGUCAAACCUUCAAACCAUUCACCGUACCUGAUUCGGCUCUCGGAUUCUCCGCGGGUCAAACCGGCUCAUCCGCUUCGUCAACGUCGUCGUCGUCAGCUUCCGGUUCUCAUCACCCAUAUCAGUAUCCCCUUCUACACAGAGGCAACGCAGUUUCUGCCACCGACUCGGCCCGGAAGUCAUCUAACGGAUAUUGCAAAUAUAGUCCUGCGGAAAUCCGGCAACGAACAGAGUAUGAAGCGUUUUGCUUGGACUUAGAACGAAAGACCUCGUUGACUGGCGUGCAACAGCAGCAGCAGUUUCUACAUCAGCAGCAACCCCAACAACAUCAUAGACUGAAUAACAUUUGCGAAGGAAACGUUAGAUCGAAGCUUCAAUUGUUCGAUAAGAUGAAGCAACAAAACGGUAAUGCGGCGGUUGCAUCGCAGACCACAAAUUCAGGAAGUAAUAGCAGUAUAAACAGUGUCAAUGGAGUGACGGCAUUGGUUAGCAGUGGAAGCAGUUCCAAUAGUGGUAUCAAUACUAGUAAUAGUGGACCAUAAUGGUCCCCGGUGUGAGCAUAAAUGUUUGAAAUCAAUAUAUGGCCAACGAAUUCUUCACCACGAUUCGGUUUCCCUUUUCACCUUUUAAUUUAGACUUCCACGUUAUAAAUGCUAAUCAGUUGCAGAUUUAGCAAUCAAACUGAUUAUUUUUUAUUUCCCAUAAGCAGUGCUGGUAGCAGGUCUCUUUUUGAGACUUGGUCACGAUUUUGAUGCGAACAUGUAAAAAGUUUCUAGUGUCUGAUGAAUAGCCUUCAAAAUUUCUUCAGGAAAUCCAGCAGGGUUGUAUCUUGAUUUUUCCAUGAAUUUAUAUAAUGUCUUAAAAAAAUCCAUUCACAAUUUCUUGGAGACAGCCUUAAGAGAAUCCCUGAAUAUUUUUUUUUUUUAAGGAGUGAGUACUGAAACUUGAGAUAUUCCUCAAAUUGUUUUUGGAUAAAUUACUGAAGAAAUUUGAGAAGAAGUCGUCGGAGUAAUUUUUGCAGGUAUCUUUAGAGAAAUCUCUGAUAGAAAUCUAAACCCUCUUUUUUCCAUGGUAUCUCCAGAGCGCCAUUGAUUUCUGACGAAUUUGAGGCAAACCGAAUCAGAUGAAUACUAGGCAAUAGUUACUAGAAUAGGAACCAAAUGUAUGAGAUCAAUCCAUGGGUCAACUAACUGUUUUAAUAGUAAAAUUAUUGAAAAACAACCAACAAUUUUAAAACUGAUUUCAAAAAAUUUUUCUUCAAAGUCGUGGGAAAGAAAGAUUUAAAGAAAUCCUGAAUGGCAGUGUUGGUAGAAAAUCCCUAGAAAUCCCGGAUGCAUCGCUGGAGAAAUUACUGGUUGAAUUCUUAAAGGUGGCCUUAAUAAAAAUGUUGAAGCAAAUCCUAGGGAGAUCGAUGGAAGAAUUACUGGAUAAAUUCAUGGAGGACAUGGAAAUUUCGGAAAAAAAAUUCUUGAGAAGUUUCUGAAAAAAAAACUUGGAUGGAGUCUCUGAUGUAAUUUCUGGACUUAUCCUUAACUUCUGGUUGAAUUCAUUAAGGAAACUUGAACGAAACAGAUGGAAGAAAUAAUAAAAUGGACUCCUCCUCGCUUCGGAAUUAAUUUCUGAUGAAAUUUUUGGAGGAAAUCUUUAAAAAAUACAUACAGUAAAACAUUGUCUAACGCCACACGGAAUUGAAAAAAAAAAAA